ACAAUCGAUAACUUCCCUGAAAUUUUGAAGAAAUAAUUAAAUGGCCAGAGCGUUGUUAGGCGUUGCAUUUAUUUAAGUUAUUCAAGUGUAUAAGACUCGUUUUAUAAAAUAACAUUUAAUAAAAGGAAUCAGAAGAAUCGAUUAUAUCGACAUCGACAUCGAUAGUUCUCCACUGCUACUGGUCACUUCUUCAAACCGUCAAUUGUUCAAUAUCCCGCAGCUCCUCCAACAGCUCCAAACAGCUCCACCGCUACUACUCACUCGGAACGGUUGUGUUUUCGCGCUCCGCCGCUGGCUUUAGUUAUUUGUUUUGUAUUUUUUUUUUUUGUAGUUAGUUUUUGUUAGCCUCUUGGCCAGGCGGCGUCGCCUGCCGUCCAUUAGCCACUACUCCGCUCGCUGUUUUACGGCCGUACUUAAUCUUAUCGCAAAUCAAACCGCGGGCAUGAGUCGAAGCGCUAAGUGUAAUUGAAUUUCGGCAACGGUUCGAUUUGGCAAACACCAGAGAGAGAGAGAGAGAGACAGUUCUUUGGAAGAUUGGGAAUCCCUGAGAAUCCCGAGAGCCACCCAGACACCAUAACAAAGAACCAUCCAAAAGAGGAAGCCCAAAGAUGCCCGUCAAGACGGUGAACCGCCAGCAGAGCCAGUCGCCUGCCCAGCAGCUCCAGAUGCAGCAGCAGAGGGACGUGGAGACCGGGCUGUACCCCACCAUUCCGCCGGAGCGCCGAUCGCCGCCCUCCCGCCCGCAGACCCUGCGCCAGGACACCGUCGACAUGGAGGAGAUCCCGCUGAACCAAACCAACGGCUCCCAGGAGCCGGAGGAUCGGCGCAAGAUGCGUGAGAUCUUCGACAAGCACGACUCCGACCGCGAUGGCAUGAUCAACACCCACGAGCUGAAGGAGCUCAUCUCGAACGGAUACUGCCGGGACAUACCCGCCUACAUUGCCGCCCAGAUCCUGAAGCGCGCCGACCAGGACAACGACGGGCACCUGGACUUCGAGGAGUUCUACACCAUGUCGCUGCACCACAAGUGGAUGAUCCGCAACCUCCUCACCCGGUACUGCCGGUACGUGGUGCCGCCGCCCAAGCCGCUGGAGGGCGAUGAGCCGGACGGCGCCUACGAGAAGCAAAUGUCCAUCUGCCCGCCGCCCCUCACCAUGGUGCUCUUCUCGAUCAUCGAGAUCAUCAUGUUCCUGGUGGACGUGAUCCACUUCCAAGACGACCCCAACCACCAGGACAGGAUCGGAGAGAGCACCAGCGGCCCGGCGGCCACCCUGUUCAUCUACAAUCCCUACAAGCGCUACGAGGGAUGGCGCUUCGUCAGCUACAUGUUCGUCCACGUGGGCAUCAUGCACCUGAUGAUGAACCUCAUCAUCCAGAUAUUCCUCGGCAUAGCCCUGGAGCUGGUGCAUCACUGGUGGCGCGUGGCCCUGGUCUACCUGGCGGGGGUGCUGGCCGGCUCCAUGGGCACCUCGCUGACCAGCCCGCGGAUCUUCCUGGCCGGAGCCUCCGGCGGAGUGUACGCCCUGAUCACCGCGCACAUUGCCACGAUCAUCAUGAACUAUUCGGAAAUGGAGUACGCCAUCGUGCAGCUGCUGGCCUUCCUGCUCUUCUGCUUCACGGACCUGGGCACCUCGGUGUACCGCCACCUGACCGACCAGUACGACCAGAUCGGCUACGUGGCGCACCUGUCCGGCGCCGUGGCCGGGCUGCUGGUGGGGAUCGGGGUGCUGCGGAACCUGGAGGUGCGUCGCUGGGAGCGUAUUCUCUGGUGGGUGGCCGUUAUCGUCUACUUCGCCCUCAUGACCACCGGCAUCAUCAUCCACGUCUUUGUGCCGGACUACUUCCCCAAGCAGGAGUACAACUAGCCAUAGCCGGUAGCCGGUAGCCGGUAGCCGGUAGCCGCUAGCUGGUAGCCCUAAGUCUUAGCCAUGUAGCCUUUCUAGCCCAUCCAAAGUGCGCUUCUGGGAUGCGGAAACACGCACAGUGCUUAUACAGAUAUCCGCCGAGGAUCCGCCCUCGCUCCACACCAUGCCACGCCGUGCCGUGCCGUGCCGUGCCGACCAUGUGCCUACGUAAUUUAUUUUCCCCCACUCGAGCAUCGAGCGCAGGUGUAUCGUGCCUAUUUAUAUACUAACUAUAUAUAUCUUCGAUCUACAUGACGCCGCGAAAUGACGCUGGACCCGACUCCGAACAAAGCUCGGCUGCAUUUCGUCUUUUUCUACUCUUUUUUUUUUCUUAAAAUAACGAAGCGAAAAGUUUUUAGCAAUCAAGGAACACCGAAUUGUAUAUUUUGGAGAUCUAUUUUAAGACUUUACACUUAAACGCAAAUAAUAAAUAAAAACAAAUAAAAAAGUA